GUUCGUCGCAGCCUGCGAAAAUAAGAAUAAGAAGGAAGGAUGAGCAAGUUGCUAAAAUAUGCAAUAACUUUUUUAACUACAAACUAACUGCAGACGGCACUACCGCACUAUUUGUUUAAACAAGAUUGGCUUGCCGAAAAACAGUUUGCGGCAGCAGGCAAGUAGGCUGGUGAGAUUUGGGAGGUACACUAGGAGAUUUUACAGUGUUAGUUGUGGGGGAUUUAGCUUCUUGGGAUAUUUUUGCAACAGUCGCAAAAAUCAGUUUUGUCUGGGAACGAACACUGUAACUGGACAUGAAAAUGGGGUGCUGUUUCAGCUGCAAAGAUGAUGAAGAUGAUCAGGGUAACAACACAACAGAAAGACAACAAUUGCUAAGAGAUCCCAUUAUUAAUGCUACCGCAGUGGUAGAUGUUCCUUCCUGUGACCUAAAAAAUGUGAACAUUAUUGAGGGACAGCCAUCCCGCGGACAAGAGGACGAAUUAGCUAAAAUUUUACAUGAGACUGCAUCAGCAAUGAUUGAUGUGUCCGGUUCUGGGUCUCAUUCCUUGGACCAGAGAGAAUUUCAAGAAAGAAGUCGCCAAUACCUGAGUGCUAUCCAAGCUCUAUCUCCAACUCUUCUGAAAUCACCUAGUCUGCUUCUUGGGGAUUUUCCAAAUCCAGAAAGGCAGUUGGGAUGCGCAUUAAUUUCCCAAGAAGACUUAGUCCUUAUGGAAUGGGCCAUGAGUGAAGUCGAAGAAGCGUUGCAUUCCAUCCGAGUCGAGCAUGACGAAGAUUUAGUGGUACCUUUUGGGGGUUCAUCUUCACAGCUAAUAAUGUCAUCACCCACGCCGUCGUCUUAAUUUAUUGGCGUGAGAUGCGGUAGCAGCUUCACAUAACUUACCAGACUGAAAGUGCCAACCUUAAAAUAUUUACAUCUCGUACGUAUCAACAUGAAAUCUGCAAACUUCGUUUCUACAUUUCUCUAAGUUAUUAACUUUUAGCUGAGUUUUAGUUCAUAAGAUUUAAUUUUUAGAUUUAAUUUUUAUUUUAAACUCAAACUAGAUGUUUGUGUCUUAUUACUUAAUUAGUCAAAAAUUGUAAUUUAAUGGACACUCUUGAAAUCUUUUCCAUGUAUAGACCUUUACUGUAAACAAGAAGCAAUCAUUUAUUAUUGACCUGAAAUAUUUUAUCGCGUGAUAUCAAAUUAGUUUUUAAAUAUAAUAAAUAAACGCACUAAUUUCGUACGCUUGCUUUGUAUAUUUCUACAAUUUUAAGUUAAUCUAAUCAUGUCUCACUUUCUAUGGCUUAUUACUUUGUCCCUGUAAUACUUUCCCUACCUCUAGUUCCUUAAUUCAAUAUAUGCGAAAUGUACUUGUAUAAGUUUCAGACGACUUUGUAAAGAAUGUGACUUAUGAAUGAGUAAUACCAUUGCACAAUUAUGGUACGCGUAUAACUUUUAUAAAUCAACUACAUCACAAACAAACUCUAUGUUUUUGAAAUAAUUUAUAAAUCAAACGAGCAAUUUUUCCUUAAACGAUAAAAGUAAACUACUGUAUUUUAAAUGAUCGGGAUUACAUAAACCAAAAAGAUGAGGCUAAUUUAAAGUAUGGUAAAGUAAUAUGCAGAGAAGACAGGAAGAUCAAAAUAAUAAGAAAAAAGUAAAGUGUGUAAUUUAUAUGUUAACUAUCUAAACGUAUGUAAAUGUAAGAGAUUUUAUGAUAAAUGAAAAUAAUAAGAUAUAUAUUCGUAAUAGUUUAGUAAUAAUAAUCACAGGAGAGCAAUAAAUGCGACCAAAGUAAAAUGCAA